UCUCCGCGCCCCGGUUCGCUGCAGUGGAGGACACACACGGAGCAUGGGAGACCUUGGAGGAGCGUUUCUGGUGGUCGCUGCUGUCGUCUGGCUUCAUAUCAGCGGUGCUGCUCUUCACUCUCUGCCCUCCUGCCACCAGCAGCUGGAGUUCAGGUGCAGCGAUGGUUCAUGCGUCUCCAAGCUGAAGGUGUGCGACGGACGCAAAAACUGUGAGGACGGAUCAGAUGAACGCCACUGCAGUCACGCGUGUUCUGCUGGUUUCUUCUCCUGUGGGCCGUCUGACGCCUGCCUGCACGAGAACAAGCUCUGUGACGGACGGACUGAUUGCAAAGACGGACGGGAUGAGACCCAGGAGCUGUGUGGUUCAGGACGACAAGUCCCUCAGAAGUCUCCUAAGUGUGCAGUGUCGGAGUUUCAAUGCAGAGACGGGAGCUGCAUCCCCCACAGCUGGAGGUGUGACCACUCGGCAGACUGUCCUGAUGCCAGUGAUGAGGACCGCUGUGAUCAGGAUGAGUGUCGAGUCAAUAAUGGCGGCUGUUCUCAUUAUUGCGUGGACCAGCCAAUGGGUUUCCACUGCGACUGCCCUGAAAACAUGAGGCUGGUCGAGGACACCCACUGUGAGGAGGUCGAUGCGUGCCUGGAGAGCGAUGUGUGCGACCAGCUGUGUGUCCACGUGAACGGCAGCUUCACCUGUGACUGCCUCGAGGGCUACCACAUGAAUCCAGUGACCAGAGAGUGCAACGCCAAAGGAGAUGAACCUCAGCUGGUUUUCACCACGUCUGAAGGAAUACAGUGGAAGAGCAUUACUGGCUCUGAGAGCAGAAAACUGGCCCCACAUUUACCAGGACCGGGACCCUUGGCGACUGUGGCCUCUAACCGCAUGGUGUACUGGGCCCAGCAAGGACAAGGCUCCAUAUACAGGAUCUCCCUGGAUGGACGGCCACAGGAAGCUGUGCUGGUGCUGGAAGUUCAAGGUUCUGUGUCGGGCCUGGCAGUAGACUGGAUCCACCAGCUUCUCUACUGGACCAGUACAGAGACCGGUUCACUGGGCGUUGCCCUGCUGGACGGUUCAGCUCGGCGUCAGCUCAUCACCGGGCUCGACCAGCCCUCUGCAGUAGCUGUGGAUCCUCUCCGAGGGCUGCUCUUCUGGACUCAGUGUGGCAGCUCACCAAAGAUCGAGAGGGCUGGUUUGGAUGGCCGGGACAGGACGACUCUGGUCUUUACCUCAAUACGUCACCCUGUUGCCCUCUCCCUGGAUAUGCCUCGCCAGCUGCUGUACUGGUUUGACGAGGGAAUGAGAAGCAUCUCCAGAGUAAAUCUAGAAGGUCGUCACCGCAAAACAGUGGUAGAGUCUAACGGCUAUAUGGACCGGUGCUUGGGACUGGCUGUUUUUGAGGGGUUUGUGUAUUGGAGUGAAGAAGUUACACACUCCAUCUGCCGAGCAAACAAACACAAUGGCAGAAACCUCCAGGUGCUGCUGUCUGACAUCACCUCACCUGGUGGUGUUUCCAUCAUCCAGGCUGUUCUUCAACCAAACGGACCAGCCGUAUGUGGACGUCCGGGGACCGUGUGUCGGCACAAGUGCGUCGUACACCUGCGUGCUGAGCAUCCAGAGUUCAGUUGUUUUUCUCCAGAAAUGAAACAAAACCGGUCUCAAGAAAUUCCUGCCGUCACCCACACGGUUCCCACAUCAACUUUAUCCGACCCUGCAUUUGCUGGAAUCCUCUCUCUUAUCAUGUUCCUCAGUGUGCUGCUGGCGGGAAUGGCUUUGUGGUGGUGGAGAGAAGAGCUCAGGCCGUCCAGGUCUCUCACUGUGCAGAGCUUCACCUUUAAAGAGUCCCAAGACCCGCUCAUCAUUCAGGGGCCAGCCGUGGCUCCAAACACAUGUCUGGUCAAGGCAAGAGAAGUUUACACACACACACACACAAAUACAAACACAGGCGCCUUUAUUUAUGUUCAGAGAAGAGACGGCAUUCAUUCAGCUGCACGUGUACACUUGAGAUGUGUGUAUAUGUGCGUAUCUGAUUUAUAGAGGUGUUGAUUUUCUAUUUUGGAGGCUGUGUUUGUGAUGUGCUAACUGGAACACAAAUUACACAGGAAAAACAUGAAAGGCUCAUGAUGAUGAACACCAUUUAAAAGAGCACAUUGGCGCCUCUGUAACGUCUUUCUCUCUGCGCCUAAAGACCCAGAUCUCCUCCUUGUCCUCUGAUUCUUCUCUAUGAAAGCUUCAAUGUUCUCUGAUCUGUAGAAUGAUGUUAGUGCCAUUGUUUCUGCCCUCUAUUAUUACUCACAGAAUCGCAGGAUCAGCAGGUGUUUCCUCUUUAGGAGAUCCAGUAAAAGGAAAAACACUGGAUGUUUGAUAUCACCAGUUCUUUUUUUUUUCAUGCUAAAGAGAGUCAUUGCUGCACACUGAAACCAGGAAACUAAUGUGAAGCAGCCACAAGUGUAGAGUGUUGAAGGCAGAAAAAAUAAAUCAUGUAAGCUUUAUGAUGUUCUUGUGGAAAACACAAAAUAUGAAAUUAAUUGAAGUUUUAACACCUACAUUUGAGGGGAAGAACAUCUUUGUCACAACACUUUGAUGCCUAAUUUAAGGAAUCCUUAGUUAUUUUGUCAUCCACAUAUUGAACAACACUUGGUAGUCAGACAUUUUGAUUUACAAAUAAACAUUAAAUAUAAUACAGGCUUAAAAAAUCCAGCAUUAAUCAGAGUUUAAGCUUAAUGAGGUUCCUAUGAUUUAAUUGUUUGUCACUUUUUCUUUAAAACGCAUUCUGGUGGCUUCUUAGGUGAACAGUUUGACCAGGUUCCAUCAGGCUAAAGGCUUACUGUGCGCAGUAGGUCGACUAAGCUGUGCUUUCUCUGCUGCCAGGAAACUCUACUUAAGCUGGACUUGGACGGUGAAUGAAGGUGAGACAAAGACGGUCAGCUGACUGGACUUCUCCUGUACAUGUAUCAACCCUGCAGUGACCUCGCAGCUGAGCGCAACAACAGCACGACAACACAAACCCAGCUGGUCACCCGCCACAUCCCAAGGCCCUCUGGAGGCUUACAUCACCAAAUGACUUUGUGGUAAAUAUGAGUUCAGGGAGGAGGGGGAACAAAGGCCUUCAGUCAUUACUGUUGUACCUUCAGUUUUGGCAUCAUUUCCAGCCCUGGUGGCUGUACAGCAGAUUCCUUGUUGUUCAUGAUGUUCGUUGUUAAUUCACCCAGAAAGCUGUAGGCAGCAGUAAGCACACGCACACAUUCUUCUUCUUCUUCUUUCAAUAUCAGUGUAAACGAUUAGAUGCCUUAUUUUUUUAAUCUGUGCUAUCAAGCAUUUUGCUUAUCUGAUGAGCACUCAUGCUGUAAAGUGAAAGUCUCCAACAUGUUCAGUGGAAAUGUGAUCCUGAGUUGAAAUUAUUGGCUGAUAAACUGUGUAAUUAACUGACAAAAACUUCAUCUGGACCAUUUGGUUAUCAGCACAAUAAUUCCCAAAUGUUUCUCUUUUCUAAAAGUAAAAGAGUGUUUUGGACUUUUGAUCAGAUAAAACACAUAAUUAGGAGACUCAUGUUUCUGAGAUUUUAUACCCAAAACAGUAAUUGGGGAAAAUAAUCAUUAGUUGCAGUCCUAAUGUAGUUUUAUUUUGAUUACUUGCACCUUCUCUGUGUGUGUUUUGAGUGUUUGUAUCAGCAAUGAAAUUCCCAAAGGUUUGCUUCUGCAGUAUUUUGGAUGAUUUUUCCUUGCCAGUGUCGAACAGGAAUCUUUUGAAUAGUUUCACAUAUUUCUUAAGAAAACUGGUGCUGAUCUGGUUUGUUCUGGACCUUUUUACUCUCUUGGCUUGUGAGUGUGAGACAGUCAGAAAACCAGACCUGCAUUGUGCUGCCUUUUGUCCAGUCCACUUGAAUCAUAAACAUUUACUACAGUCUGUAUUGAGGGACAGAUUUAGUGUAAAGCUGAGGCUUCAUUUUAGAGCACAACUGUUGACUUUUUUUUUUUUUUUUUUUUAAGGCCAAUAAUGUUUGUGAAGCUUCUUUUCUGUGCUGGAAUCUAUUAUGAUACCUGAAUUUCGAACCCUAUUUGCAAGCUUUAUUUUCCGCAGCUGAUUAAUGCAACAUCGAUGCUGCUCAGUUUAAAGUGGCCUAUUACUAAGAGGAAAAGGUUAAAAAAAAAACAUAGGUACAUCCUCUUUUUUUUCUGUUUUUUUUUCUGUCUGAAUGCUGAACUGAUGGUGAACUGUAGUUUUCAGUGAAUUUUUGUACUUCUUUUGAUCAUUGAACAUUUUUGGGAAAUGCUCUUAUUUACUUACUCUUAGACCACUCAAUGAGUAAAGUAAUGCCACAACAGCCAGUUAGCAGAGCAUAAUGAAUGGGAACAGGCAGAGACAGUCCAAAAGCAAUAAAAUCCACCCAACGCCUUUAAAUCUCCCUAAUUAUAGCAGCAUAUUUAAUUUGUUAAUUGUAUUUCUCUGCUGGGAGCAGGAAAUGAAGCUUCUUGGUAACAAGAUUCCAUCAUAAUUCAAUGAACAAAUGAGGAAUGUGUCAAUUAGUGAGCUGAAUGACCUUGUUUUUAUGCUCGGCCAAGCCUGUCCAACUUCUGGCUUUAAACUGGCCUUCAUUUAAGCGUCGGAUGGCAAAUAAGUAUUUAUUCUUCAAAUUUCAAUAUUUCCCUUGAAACAAAUGGGAAGACAAACGGUUGAGUGGCAACAGUAAUGCCGUGUAGUUAUAGUAAGUUGAGGGAUUUAAGAGACAUGGAAGAUUUCUUUGGUGGCAGGUUUGGUGUUCUGAUGCUUCCAGCAAACUGGUGCUCCAUUGGUAACAAUCGUGGGUUUUCUGGGAGCUUUACUUUUGCUCCAGCAUCAAGUGUGUUUAUCGCCGGUGUGAAUGUUCGAACGAUCGACAUGCUUUGUCUAAUUUCAGUUUUUUUGUGUCUUAAAGAAAUGUUUAAAUUUGUUGGACCUCUAAAAAUCCAUUGGCACUAUUUGAGCGAUAAUUCUGAAAAUCUGUGCUAAAACUGCUGAGUUGUGUGGCUGGUAUUUAUUUUGAAGGUUUUGUAUUUAUUUCUAGGGAGCAUUGCAUCUGCUGUAGUACUGUUCAGACACUGUUAAAUGCUGUAAGUGAAUCAAAUAAAGUAUUUUAUUUUUUUCCAA